AUGGUGCUCGACCAUUGGGAUCAAGAUCGCGAUAUCCUGGAAAGAGCAAAAAAAGGAAAGGAUUCUUUCGAAGAUGACUCAUGUGUUAAGCAGUCUUCACAUUUCGAGCAGGCCGACGAAUUCUUCGUUGCCCUAAAAGCUUUAACUGAAAAAGCGUUUAGUGUCGAAGAGCAUAAUGAAGUACAGGAGGAUAAAUGGUUGAAGAAAGCCAUUGCACUUAUUGAUCCUUAUCAAGAACAACCCUAUCUAUUAGAUCCGCACUUGGAAAACAUGGUCAAACCUGUGAUCGAAAUUCUCCGCACAUACAUCAAAUCUCAUGCGCUGGAAAAUAUUUAUCUGUCUAAAUCAUUAGAAGAAAGGAAAGAACGAGUUCAGAUUAGGGGAUAUAAGACUGUUGGUGAGUUUGGACCGGUGGGCAGAGGAGAUAAAGGACAAGAAUGCAACGAGAAUGUACAAAUGACGGAUACUAUUUGGGAUACGAAAAGCGUACUCUCUGAUCUCGAACCGACUUUCUGCUUCCUGAGUUCUCUUUCACCCAUCGACUAUGAUGCAUGGGAGAUGAGAUACGUUCUCCUGAUCUGGUUAUCUCUUAUCUGCAUGAUUCCAUUUGAUUUGAAAACUGUCGACAGUCGAGCCGUGGCCGAUAGUGAUAAGAUCCCGCUGGUCGAUGAAAUGGUUACUUUAUCCAAGUAUUAUCUUAACGCGACUGGAAAAGAACGCGAUGGAGCUGCUGUACUUUUGUCGCGUUUACUAACAAGACGUGAUAUAGCCAAAGCUUAUUUAUCAGAUUAUGUUCAAUGGGCAACUGAAGAAGCAAAGCGUUAUGAAAACGUUUUUGUUGUUACUGGAAUACUUACAUCUUUAUGCGCGAUAUAUAAACUAGGCCAUCGUGGCACCUUAUUAUCCACUGUCGAUACUGUAUGGCCGUGUUUAUUUCUUACCGAAACAAAUCAGAACUUUGCAAAUAAUACUUUGGUAAGAAAACUACUUGUGAAACUGUCUCAAAGAUUUGGCAUGUGCUAUCUUAGACCGAAAGUUGCAGCCUGGAGAUAUCAACGAGACAAUCUGGAAGCGUCGAACGCGGACGUAGAUUCUUCAAACGUUCUCCAAAAUUUAAUGUCUAUCGAUGAUGACGCGGAUGAGGAAAUUCCUGAGCAAAUAGAAGAAAUAAUAGAAAUGCUUCUUAAGGGACUUCGUAAUAAGGAUACUGUAGUCCGUUGGUCAGCUGCCAAGGGAAUUGGCCGUUUGACCCAUAGACUUCCUCAAGAACUAGCGGAUGAUGUUGUUGGCUCCUUAUUAGAACUCUUCUCUGAAAAUACUUUUAUGCGAGACGAUGUACUUGACUUGUCUUCCGUGUCUGACAAUACAUGGCAUGGUGCGUGCUUAGCAGUAGCUGAACUGGCAAGGCGAGGAUUGUUGCUCCCUAAGCGACUUGAUGAAGUUUUUCCGUGGGUGAUUAAGGCUCUGAAAUUUGACCUACGUCGUGGAAACUAUUCAAUUGGCUCUCAUGUGCGUGAUGCAGCGUGUUAUGUUUGUUGGUCGUUUGCCCGGGCAUAUGAGCCUGCAGUACUGGCUUCCCACGCAUCAGAAUUGGCCAAUUCUCUUGUGGUGAUAUCUGUGUUCGAUCGAGAAGUCAACGUUCGGCGAGCAAGUAGUGCUGCAUUUCAAGAGAACGUUGGAAGACAGGGUAUAUUCCCGCAUGGGAUUGAUAUCAUCACGACUGCCGACUAUUUUACGGUUGGAAAUCGAGUGAACUCCUUCUUGGAAAUAAGCGUUAAAAUCGCAGAUUACUUAGAAUACAGGUAUCAUCUAAUAAACCAUCUCGUCACAAUAACAAUCUCAAACUGGGAUAAGAAUAUCCGCGAACUAGCAUCAAAGGCCUUGCAUAAUCUCACUUUUCUUGAUGUUGACCACAUGGUGUCGAAAGUUCUUCCUUCAUUGAUCCCAAAAGCAAUAUGUAAUGAUUUGCAAACACAUCACGGCGCUUUACUGGCGGUUGGUGAAGUGUGUUUGGCAUGGGCAAAAUUACAUGGAGAAAACCGUGAAUGGGUUGAUAAGCAUAAAGAUUUAGUUACGUCGAUUGCAAUGAUACCUUCGAAUAUUCCAGGACACUUUUUCGCGGAUUUUGGUUCAGAACUAACAUGCCAAGGAGCAUCACAUCUAAUUGCUUGUUUGGCUAAAGCAAAAUGGCCAAUUGAUAAGGAAACGCGAGUAGUAUGGGAGGACGUUGUGUAUGAUUUGCUGAGAAGAAAAGAUGAAUACGGACAGGAACUUGCUGUUAGAGCUGUCGAAGCCGUUAUGUCACAGUACGGAAUUGACUCGGAAGAGAUCGAUGUAUAUCCUUUUUUUAUCAAGAUUAAUCGUAUUCAUCCAUCGAAGAACGCUUACAACAGGCGAGGUUUUUCGCUCGCAUUGGGUGUAUUAGAGUAUAAAAAAGUUCCACAAGAACUUGAGCGAGUGGUGGACGCGUUGAUCGAAUCAUCGCGGGUACAGAAGACGAAAGUUUGGAAUGACGCAGAAACUAGGCGAAAUGCUAUUAUUGCGCUGACUAUGACCCACACCUUGUUUAAUAAAAUCUUAAAUGCGUACUUCGCCAGUCUCGAAGACUUUAGUAUUGACCAACGAGGCGACGUUGGAUCCUGGGUCCGCGAAGUCGGCAUGAAGAGUCUCGGCUCUUAUGUUCCUCUCAUCACGCGCAACGACGAUCUCGAUCCGACGUCUCCACAAUGGUGGACAAAAGACCUGUCGACACAAGUAGUGAAAAAGCUGUUGAAACAGAGCGUGGAGAGGAUUGAUAAGAUUAGAGCAUGUGCAGGAACGAUUCUGAUAGAUUUGUUGUAUGAGAAGAGAAUGACUGGAGAAUGGGUGUUGGACAUUAAUGGAAGGAGCGUUUUGGAACGAGUUUUGAACAGAGAUGAAGAAAUACAUUGGAUAAAUCCGUCGGAGCUGUAUCCGAGGAUGAUACAACUUCUCGUGCUUCCGGAAUAUCGAUUUGAUCUCUUAGCAGGCCUAGUAGUUGCAGCCGGAGGGAUGACAGAAUCACUGGUCCGCUAUUCAAGCGCGACUUUGAUAAAGUAUGCUAGCUCCCUUCCACCAUUUGCAACAGACACCUCUUCCAUAUCUCUGCUGGACUUUGCCAAUACACUCCUUGAAGUCUUCCGCGUGUACGAGAAACAGGAUCGAGUGGUGGUGCCGUUGUUGGAAGUGAUCGAUUUAUUGUUUGAGGCUGGGGCUCUGCAGAAAGGCAUUGACUGUGGAUUUGAUUUUCAGGAGCUGUUUGACAAGGUGAAGAAGGAAGUAUCCAAAUGCCGAGAUAUCAGAAAACUCGGUGCUGGUGUGCGAGUCUAUUGUGGGUUUGUAACGUUGGGAGGAACUCUUCGUACAAAAGCGUUGCAACAUUUACUUAGUUAUCUGGUUCAUCCGUUUCCUAAGAUUCGUCGCCUAGCAGCGGACCAGCUAUACAUAACCUUAACAGCAACUGUAGUUGAGGAUGAACCAGAUGAGAUGGUUGAGAUUGAAGAGAUAUUGUCGACUAUUGAUUGGAGCGACCCAGUAUCUAAACUAAAGGAAAUAAGAGAUCGUUUAUAUCCUUUAUUGAACGUUCCUAAACCAACUUUGAGGAUCACUGGCGACCCGAGUGCACCAACGACUGAAUGA